GCGCAUCGCAAGGUCCACCUGGAAGGUAGCAGAAGUCCCAGGACAGCAUGGACUGGCCUGUGUGUCUGCGGCUGCUGUUGCUGCUCACGGCUGCGGCGCUAGUAGAUGUCGCAGCGGAAGAAGACCUGCAGAGAGUGGAUAGUGCAGCCUUGAGGGAUGCCAGAUCACACAUUGGCACCACUGACGAUACCAAGCCUGCUGAUGGUACUGGACCUGUGGCGUCGUCGACAGAUGCCACUGGUGUCUGGGAUGUUCUUUCUCUUAACACAGAAAACACUCAACUUAAGACACCUUCAGCCAGUGGUUUGAGGAAUGUGGGAAACAAUACAUAUGCAAAGGAAGAAGGUCCACGAAGUAAAAUGAAUUUUGGCAGAAAGAAGCAAAGAAGGAAAAGGCUAAGGCUUUCAAAGGCAUACAGUGCCAAUAAUUCAUCCACAACUCCGAUACCAGUUGAAAAGCUGAAUCACACAUCGGCACAUCACAAUAGCAAACAGAACAGAAAUAGUAAAACAGCUACAGAAAGAAGAAGAAGGAAGAAAAAUAAAGAAGAGAGAAGAAGGAAGAGACUGAGGCUCAAAUUGCAAGACAGGGAUAAAAGAAAACAAAGAAAGAAAAAUGAGCGCUUAAGAAGGAGGUAUAGGAAAGAGAGAAAGAGGAAACUGGCAAGAAAACUUGUAGGAACACCACAAACUAAUAUUACUUCCUUCACAGCACCUCAUCAGGAGAACACAACACACAAUUCACUUUACUUCAAUAACAGCACAGUCAGUCCAGAGGUGGAUGUAUUAAAAAAUGUUUCCGAGAAUGACUUUAUUACUCCAUCUUCAGAAAAACCAGAACAUACAAUCAGUGAUAUUACAGCAAUUGAAAAGAUGGAACAGGAUAACUCAGAUUAUCUCAAAGAUGAUAAUUUUCUCAAAAUGCAAAAUGAAGAACAGAAAGACUUUAAUCAAAACGUAGAUAAUAUACUGCUUCCAUUUGCAACAGGUCCUUUAUUGAAGCAAAAUCACUUACCAAAUAAGCCUAUUGAAAAAGAUGGUUUUGAAGACAAAAUCCACUUUAAGAAAUAUGAAAACCUUGGACCUCACCAUUUUCCUCACACUGUAUAUAGAACGAAACAAUCUGAAGGGGAAUAUGCUGAACAAGAAAUGGAUGAAAAUGACACAUCUUUGAAUGCAGCAAGUUCUGUAAACAGGAUAUUGGUAACAGAUUCAAUGGAAGAAGGGCAUAAAGAUUUCUCUUCAUAUGACACUGGUACAUAUCAUUACGCAGAGGAACUCGGAGAUCUCUCAUGCCUCAAUGGAACACUUUUGCCUGCACCAACUGUUGUUCACUCCUGGAUAAAGUACAUAAGGUUAUCCACCUCUAAUGUUAAGGACCUACUGUUUGCAGAGUAUCGAUGCAAAUUUGGUUAUCGCUUAGCACAGCGCAGCAAGAGUAAAUUGUUGUGUGUCAAUCGUAGAUGGGUAGGUAAUGUACCGAAGUGUUUACCACUUAAAGUACAUGAGAGUGGUACAAGUUUCUGUGACAAUAACAAAGGAGGUUGUGAUCAAAUGUGUGUGGAAGCAGCAGGGAAGCCUACAUGCCUCUGUUUCAAAGGAUUCACAUUGAACGGAACUGUCUGCAAAGACAUUGAUGAAUGUGCAACUUCGAAUGGAGGAUGUGAACACAAGUGCCAGAAUAGUGCUGGGACGUACAGAUGUUUAUGCCCUCCUGGACUCAGGCUAGGGGAUGAUCAGAAGAGCUGCAUAGAUGUAAAUGAAUGCUUGCUGCGCAAUGGUCAUGGACCUUGUCAAGAUCUUUGUCACAAUGAAUGGGGCAGUUACAAAUGUUCUUGUGGAGCUCUGCCAGGUACAAGACUAUCUAGUGACAACCAUACAUGUGAAGAUGAAGAUGAAUGUGCUAGUGGGAAAGCUGGUUGUUCACAUGGCUGCCUGAACACAUUAGGCAAUGCCUUUUGUUUGUGUCCCAUGGGAUUCAUGCUUGGUCCAGACUGGAAGACUUGUCAAGACAUUGAUGAGUGUGAAGCAGAGUACCUUGACGCAAAGCCCUGUGAACUUGGCUGUGUUAACACUGUUGGAUCUUACCACUGCAGAACAGAAUGUCCCACUGGAUGGGAGAUAACAACCAAUGAUGGAAAACGAAGUUGUGAAGAUGUUGAUGAAUGCAGUAGAGGCAUAAGUGGCUGUUCACAUUUUUGCCAUAACACAGCUGGAGGAUAUGUAUGCAGUUGUCAUGCUCGCUAUAUGUUGGCACCUGAUAAUACUACAUGUGUAGAUGGGGCUAUGAGAGAUGUCUGCCCACCUCUUGACAUUCCUCCACAUGGAUAUGUGGAAUGUGCUCGUAGUGCUUCUGUACAGCCUGAGCAACGACAUGCUCGUGUUGUGAACCAUGCUGGUGCUGUAUGCGAGCUGCGAUGUCCACAUGGCUAUCGCCAACGUGGAGAAUAUCGACGUGUAUGUGGGCGUGACAGAAAAUGGCAGGGACCAAAUUCUGGACACUGCAUUCCAUGGCCAGUGCCAGUUAUUCAAUGUCCAAAAAAUGUUACAUAUUACUUGGAUCCUGGACGGAGUACGGCCUAUAUUGAAUUUCCAAAACCGAGAACAAGUGUUGACUGGUCACGGAACAUAGAAUCUUUCCCCCAAUGGGGAAAAGAUUUAGAAGCAGACCUACCAGAAGGACACUGGGAAGUGAAAUUCAUUGCCAGGCAUCCUGUAUCUCAUCAUGUCUCAGAUUGCACUUUUUCCAUAAAUGUGGUCAAAAGAACAUUUCAAGUACCUGUUCCUUGAUUCAAUAAUAGUGUAACAUUAAUUUCAGCUAAGAUAUUGCCUUGCGUAUGAAGUACAUUUUCUCAAGAUAUGAGAUGUGAUCACUGCCAAAGGGACAGAAAUAUGUUAUGUACAGUUAUAGCUCUAUUUAUUUGUCACAUACUUUCUGUCCAUAAAAUGUGUAAAGAUAUUUAUUUUUUACUUCUGAGUUUUUUAAUUUAUAAGAAAACUGUAAAAAUGUUUACUAAAUAUUACUACAUUUGUACAUAAAAUUUUUUAACUGUGCAUAAAUUAUUGAACUCAAACAGUUAUUAGACCUUUCCACUGAACUGAGCUUAUAAUUUCAUUCCUUGUAAUCAAUGAGAAACAUUUGCUGUUAUGAUAUUUUUUAAAAUACUGUAAAAAAUGCUGGAUGUAGAACCAGAAAGGCUGCAGAAUAAAAGUUUACCAUCCUUGGUACUUGCUACACUAAGAAAAUCAUAAUAUUUGUUUGUAUAAAUCUCUAAGGCAGAUAAUGACAAAUGUAUUACCAUUUUACAAAUUGUCUGGUUAAUAUUGAGUGAGAGUUGAGAAGAAAUUAUGAUAACUGCGAGAAUGGAUAUAACAGUUUUAGGUUUACUGGCACGUUCAAAAUUAUUGAUCAACUAUAAGAACUGUAUACAUUAACAAAUGGAAAUAUCUAUGGAAUCUAGUAAAAUAAGGAAUAAAUUAAACAUUCCUUUUUCCCAUUUUACCCACUUCACAAAUAUAGUACUAGAAUAUUAAAAUUUGGAAAUGCCAACAAACAAUAAAAUAAUAAUGCAUAAUGUGCAGUCAGUUUUAAAAUAGCUUAGACACUGCAGAGUGACACAUAAGAACCACAUGAAAAUACCUGUAAAAGCAUGUGUAAUAGUUUUAGACAUACAAGGAUGUUUAAAGGUGUCCAUUUAAUAUUAAAAACUUUAGAUGCUAUAAAUUACAAAUAU